AUGUUCCAGAAUCUCAAAGCCUCCAACAUCUCUAAUAUCCAAGUCUCUGAAUUUAUUCUAAUGGGAUUCCCAGGCAUUCACAGCUGGCAACACUGGCUCUCCUUGCCAUUGUCUCUGCUCUACCUCUUAGCCCUCAGUGCCAACAUCUUUAUCCUGCUCAUCAUCUAUCAAGAGCCAACACUGCACCAGCCUAUGUACUAUUUCCUGGGCAUCCUGGCUGUGGUAGACAUGGGCUUUGCCACCACUAUCAUGCCCAAGAUAUUGGCCAACUUAUGGUUCAAUGCUAAAGCCAUCAGCCUCCCAGAGUGCUUUCUGCAGAUGUAUGUCAUACAUUGUUUUGUGGGCAUGGAGUCAGGUAUCUUUCUAUGCAUGGCUAUCGAUAGAUAUGUAGCCAUUUGUCAACCACUACGCUAUCCAUCAAUAAUUACUGAAUCUUUUGUGGUCAAAGCAACUGUGUUCAUGGCACUCAGAAACACCAUAUGUACCAUCCCAGUGCCUAUAUUGGCUGCUCAGAGACACUACUGCUCCCAGAACCAAAUAGAACACUUUCUGUGUUCUACUCUUGGUGUCACUAGUCUAUCCUGUGAUGACAGAACCAUCAACAGCAUUUACCAGCUUAUUCUGGCCUGGACACUCAUGGGAAGUGACUUGGGUUUGAUUAUUUUAUCAUAUUGUUUGAUACUUCACUCUGUGCUGAAGCUGAACUCAGCAGAA